AUGGCACCCAGCGAGCCCACCAGAAACCUCCCGUCCUCUCAGACCUACCCAUCUGACGACGGCUCAGACGUCAAUCGCAGCUCCUCCUUCUGGUCGCUUCCCAGCGUCAUCUCUUCCCCGGCUGCCUCGGACCAGUCCAUGACCGUCAACCUCAGCGAGCCCGACUGCGACAGCUUCGAGGUCUUGGUCACGUUCCCAUCUGAGAGUCUCGGGUACAAGCUCUUGGAGGAGUGGGAGGACUGGUUCGUCACAACUCUCUACCCCAAGCUGCUGGCGACUGAACGCGCCUGGAUUGAGCUUGAGAAACGCAAGAUGGAGAUCGAAAAGGAGAACGCCGUUUUCAAUACCGCCAGAGUCGAAGCCGCCCUAAUCCACAUGAUCGACACCAUGAAAGCCCAAGGCCUCCACUUCGAGAUCACUAAAAGCCCCCACGGCGACGACGACAGCAAGAACGAGAUCAAGUGGGAGCUGUACAUGGACGGCGACUGCGUCUGGUCUGGCAAGGCGGAGAGUGUGGAUGAGGUGCUGUGCUCGGCCUUCUUCUCCGCGCGGCGGGCUGUGCUGAAGCGGAGCUGGUACUAUCGCAACUCGGACCUGGAGUAG